CUUCUGGGAGGGGCGGGGAGAGAGGAGGAACACUCAAACGCGGCGACGGCGCUGACGUCAUUUCCGCGCGCCGCCCAACGUCAGUGCCGUGCGCGGGCCGCGGCGGUGAGGUCUGCUGUAGAAAUUAGAUCUUAUUCCCGCUUCUGAGAGCCAUGGAGAGUGACUUUUAUUUACGUUACUACGUAGGUCAUAAGGGCAAGUUCGGCCACGAGUUCCUGGAGUUUGAGUUCCGACCCGACGGGAAGUUGAGAUAUGCCAACAACAGCAAUUAUAAAAAUGAUGUCAUGAUCAGAAAAGAGGCUUAUGUACAUAAAAGUGUGAUGGAGGAACUGAAGAGAAUAAUCGAUGACAGUGAAAUUACCAAAGAGGACGAUGCUUUGUGGCCACCUCCUGACCGAGUGGGCCGGCAAGAGCUUGAAAUUGUCAUUGGAGAUGAACACAUUUCUUUCACAACAUCAAAAAUUGGUUCCCUUAUUGACGUCAAUCAAUCCAAGGAUCCAGAAGGUUUACGAGUAUUUUAUUAUCUUGUCCAGGACCUGAAGUGUUUGGUCUUCAGUCUUAUUGGAUUACACUUCAAGAUUAAGCCAAUCUAGGUUGAAUAUUGCUGUGGACAUGAGGGGGGUGGGAGUAGUUAUUACCAUUAUUAGGAAAUUUUUGUGUAUAUCAGGGCAAUAUUUUUAUAAACUAUAAAUGAUUGUCUUUAAUAAAUGUGAUAAAAUCCAAUUUUUAUUAUUUUAUAAAGACCUGAAUGUGAA